UCUUCACUCUGCUGCUGCCAGUGCGAAGGCAAAAGGUCUUGGUAAAUUUUCAAGUUUUGACUCUCGAAACUGUAUUUUUUCUGUUUCCUGUGGUGUUCUAUUUGUGCUUGAGACAUUUAUUCGACGAUUUGUGAUAAUUUAAUUGAAAAUAAAUCAACGAAAGGAAUUUCCAAGUGCUGACGGAACGCUGGUCACGGACAAGCAGGGUGCCCUCCGAUGUCUAAACUAAACUCACAUGGCGCGACCGGACUCAGGAACAUCAAUCUGGAGGAGAUAUGGGCCGAUCUGGAGAGUGGCAUAAAGCAGAUCUACAAGCAGGAGAAAGGCCUCCGGUCGCCCCGUUACAUGCAGCUCUACACACAUGUCUACAACUACUGUACCAGCGUGCACCAGCAGCCUGCCAACCGGCAAACGUCCUCAAAGGUCUCGAAGAAGGGAACGGCCAUUCCGUCCGGUAAAUGCGGAGCCCAACUCGUUGGUCAGGAGCUGUACAAACGGCUGAAGGAGUUCCUCGAGGAGUAUCUGAUUGCGUUGCAGGAGAAUGGCAUCGACCUGAUGGAUGAGGAAGUGCUGAGCUUCUACACGAAACGAUGGGAAGAGUACCAGUUCUCGAGCAAGGUGCUGAACGGUGUCUGCGGCUACCUGAACCGGCACUGGGUGAAGCGCGAGUGCGAGGAGGGCCGCAAGGACGUGUACGAGAUCUACCAGCUGGCGCUGGUCACUUGGCGCGGGAAUCUGUUCAAGCACCUGAACAAGCAGGUCACGAACGCCGUGCUGAAGCUGAUUGAGCGCGAACGUAACGGGGAGACGAUCAACUCCCGGCUCGUGUCCGGCGUAAUUAACUGCUACGUCGAGCUGGGACUGAACGAGGAGGAUCCGAACGCCAAGGGUCAGAACCUUUCCGUGUACAAGGAAAGCUUCGAGAAUAUCUUCCUGGAGGACACCGAGAUGUUCUACACCCGCGAGUCUGCGGAAUUCCUGCGGGAGAAUCCCGUUACCGAGUACAUGAAACGAGUGGAGUUGCGCCUGAACGAGGAGCAGAAACGUGUGCAAGUGUAUUUGCAUGAAAGUACGCAGGACAGGCUGGCGAAGACGUGCGAGCGAGUGUUGAUCCAGAAGCACCUGGAACAGUUCCGCACCGAGUUCCAGAACCUGCUCGACUCGGACAAAAACUCGGAUCUGCGCAGAAUGUACUCGCUGGUGGCACGCAUCACCGAGGGCCUGGUCGAGUUGAAGGCCAUCUUGGAAACCCACAUCCACAACCAAGGCCUGGCGGCAAUUGCCAAGUGCGGCGAGGCGGCACUCAAUGAUCCGAAGAUCUACGUCCAGACCAUCCUGGAGGUGCACAAGAAAUACAACGCGCUGGUACUUACGGCCUUCAACAACGACAGCGGAUUCGUGGCCGCGCUGGACAAGGCUUGCGGCAAGUUUAUCAACACGAACGCCGUCACGGAAGCGAGCAAAAGCGCCAGCAAGAGCCCCGAACUGCUGGCCAAGUAUUGUGAUUUGCUGCUGAAAAAGUCGAGCAAAAAUCCCGAGGAAGCUGAGCUCGAAGACACGCUGAACCAGGUGAUGGUCGUGUUCAAGUACAUCGAGGACAAGGACGUGUUCCAGAAGUUCUACAGCAAGAUGCUGGCUAAACGGCUGUGCCACCACAUGUCCGCCAGUGACGAUGCCGAAGCGUCGAUGAUUUCGAAGCUGAAGCAGGCGUGCGGCUUCGAGUACACCAGCAAGCUGCAGCGGAUGUUCCAGGACAUUGGCGUCUCGAAGGAUCUCAACGAGCAGUACCGCCAGCACGUCAAGGGGCUGCGCGAGGCCUCCAAGCAGACCGGCAACGAUAUUGACUUUAGUAUUCUAGUGCUGUCCAGCGGCUCCUGGCCGUUCAACCAGAGCUUCACCUUUUCCUUGCCGUUCGAGCUGGAACAAUCUGUGCACCGGUUCAACAACUUUUACGCCAAGCAACAUUCCGGACGGAAGCUCAACUGGCUGUACAACAUGUGCCGUGGCGAACUCAUCACCAACUGUUUCCGGCUGAGGUACACGCUUCAGGCCAGCACCUUCCAGAUGGCCGUCCUGCUACAGUUCAACGAGCAAAAGUCGUGGACCAUCCAGCAGCUAGGUGAAAAUACCAGCAUCAACCAGGAGAGUUUAAUCCAGGUGCUCCAGAUUCUGCUGAAAUCGAAACUGCUCACAUCGUCCGACGACGAGGCCAAUCUCACGACAAGCUCGUCGGUAGAACUGAACACUGGCUUCAAGAACAAAAAGCUCCGAAUCAACAUCAACUUCCCGCUCAAGACCGAACUGAAGGUGGAACAGGAGGCCACCCACAAGCACAUCGAGGAGGACCGAAAGAUCCUGAUCCAGGCGGCGAUCGUGCGGAUUAUGAAGAUGCGCAAGGUGCUGAACCACACGUGUCUUGUCGGCGAGGUGCUGAACCAGCUGUCGACGCGAUUCAAGCCGAAAGUGCAGGUCAUCAAGAAAUGUAUUGACAUCCUCAUCGAGAAGGAAUAUCUGGAGCGCCAGGAAGGACAGAAGGACACCUACAGCUAUCUGGCUUGAUCAGUGGUAGGAAUCGUGAGCGUAGCUAUUUAAACAAAUCCUUCAAACAGUGAGUGUAGGAAUAAAAUAAAUUGUCUUAAGCUAGUAGCGGCAAAUAACAACAACAACAAAAGCAAACAAUACAAGUUCAAUGGAUUCCGAAAAAAAAUCAAAAAUGCUCUACACUGAUGU